AUGCAAGCAUUAACAAAUUAUAUUCAAAGUUGGCUUGCUGAAUCAGAAAAUCCAUUAGUUGAACUUUAUCGAUAUUUGCAUUAUUAUUGUCAAUCAUUACGUUUGCAUAUUUUAAAUGAACAAGCUAUUCGGAUACGUAAUCGAAGUUUAAAACAAAAACAUUUAUAUUUAUCAAGUUAUAUACCAUGUAAAAGUCUUAGUAUUGAAUAUUGGAAAGAAUAUAAUUUAAAUAAUCUUAAUAAUCAACAAAAAAAGACAAUGAUAAAUGAAAAAAUUCGAGAUAUUGGUAUGACAAUAUUAUGUGAUGAUGAUGGAAAAUUUCAAAUAAUUCAUUGGCCACCAUUACCUAUUGAAGAUAGUGUGGCAAUUUUGCAAAUAUUAGAAAAAUCAACAUUUACUAUGGAAGAAAUUCUUAAUCGAACAAUUUAUGCACGAUGUCAACGUCGAUUUGAAGAAUUGAAAGAAGCAAUUUUAACGACUACUUCAGCAAAUAUUGAAAUCGAUCCAUCAAUUCCAGCAUUAAAAUGUGAAUUAUUACCUGAAAGUACAUCCGAAGAAAUUCUAUUUAUAUCAAUAAGUCCAUUUUCGGGUUUAUAUAAAGUUGUUUCUUAUAUGGAAAUUCGAUAUUCACAACAAAUUGAAUAUGCACUUAAUCGUGAUCCAGGAAAUUUAAUUGAUGCGAUUAAUUUAUUUAAAAUUUGGUUAAUACAACAACGUAUUCCGUCUCUUCUUGCUCAUAUUAAUUGUCAUGUUUAUACACGUAUACCAUCAUUAAAUCCAAAACAUGAAUUAAUUAUGCCAUUUAUGAAUAAUGGUAUUUAUAUUGAAUUAAUACAUAAUGAAGGAUAUUAUAUUCUUGUGCAUGUAUCUGAUGUAAAUCAAUUAUUAGUUCAAUAUUAUUUAUUAAUUGUGGAAAAGCGUUCAUCAAUUCAUGAUCCAUUGGUAAUUCAACAACAAAAUUUGCAAUAUAAUCAACAAACAAUGAUGCCAAAUGAUGAAUGUGCGAAAUGGAUGUUAGAACCAAUUGUUCUAUGUCCAUUAGAUCCAACAGCAUUUUUAAGAAAAGAAUUUAUUGAAUUUAAAAAUACAUUUCAAUUUCGAAAAAUGAAAGAAACCAUCGAAGAUGAUACAGGAAUUAAGCAAGCAAGAUCAACAUCAGUUCUUUCACUUAAAUUAUUAUUAAAAUUAGUUAAUUAUUAUGAUGAAAUGCUUACAUUUACAUUAUUAAAAGAAGAAUUUCAACGUAAAAAAACCAUAUGUAAAGGUAUUAUUUAUAGUCCAUGGACAGGUAUUCCAUAUCUCGAUAUUGUUCGAACAUCAACGGGUGAUGAUUCAUUCUCGUCAAAUAUAGAAAUUUCAAAUUAUGUAAAUGAAUGUUUUUGGCCUCGUAUUUUAUCAUGUACUAUUCGAUUAGUACAUGCAUUACGUGAAACAAAUCAUGCACAUAAACAUAGUGAACGACAAUGGACACUAGAGUUAAAUUUACCUAAUAAUAAUUAUUUUCACAAUUCCAUUAUAAAAACUCCAUAUAAUUCAAUAAUUAUUUGCAAUCAGAUAUUAGCAAAAUUAUAUUCGAAAAUAGUUGAUUAUAUUCACAGUGAACUUCGAGCUGCAUUUGAAUUGACACAUCUAUUUGAAAAUUAUGCGUUAUCAUUAUCAGACUCAACUGAUCUCCGAGCAAUAUCUGAAGUAAAUUCAUUUAAUUUCUUUAAAUCUACAAUUCAUUAUGGACCAAAUUUUGCUUUUUCUGUAACAUUGACGCAUAGUACUAAUCAGAAUCAACAAGAUUUAAGUUCAAAUCUCGGAUGGACAUUUGAUCUACGUUUUACAACAAUAAAUCAUAAAUUUUUAACAACAGCUCAUCAAAUAUUAAAUGGAAAAUUAAUUCAAUUCUUAAAUCGAACACAUUCAUUAAAACAAUUUAUUCGAUUAUUACAUAUGACAGCUAUUCCAAUAUCUUCGAUAGCACGAUUAAAUUGUUUCAAUCGUCCUAUUGUUUUUGUUAAUCAAGGUUCAUGUACUCAACCAAUACUUACAUUUGUUCCUUAUACUGAAUUUCGAUGGCGUCUUAUUUUUGGUCAAAUGUUUGCACUUGAUAUUCAAAUAUGUGGACCUAAUCUCAUACUUAUACGUGAUGGCGCAUUCAGUGUACAAUUAAACAGUGUAUUACCGGAGCUUUCACCAAUACCUAGACUUAAAGAAUUUUUAUCUAAAUAUGCUGAUGAUCGGGGUUUAACAUUUGAAUUUACACAUAUAACAGAUCGUUUUCGUGAUCGAGAUUUUAUUUUACCUGAAUUACAAUUACCUCCACCAUCAUUUUCAAUGUCAACAACAACAAUAACAAAUCCUCCAUCAAAUCGACCACUAAUUUCAGGAAAUGCACAAACUCCACAUUUAUUACAUCCAGUUGGAACACCCGGUUCAUCGCUCAAUCCAUUGACACCAGCUAGUGUUGGUCCUAGUAGUCAAUCUCAACAACAAGCUAAUUCACCAUCACAACCAAUAAUUGCACCAAGUCCCGGUUUUAUGAGUACUGGUUCACCUUUGAUGAUGCCAACAAUAGGUUCACCAAUGACAAAUAAUACUCCAACAACACAAUUAACAGCUCCAUCACCAAUGGGUAUAACUACACAAUCACCAGGAACUAUUUAUGAAAUGCCAUAUAUUAGUCCAGCACCUCGACCAUCUGGUUCAUCAUUUCCGGGUUCAUUUCUUGGUCCAUCACCUGGUACACCUGCAAAUGCAACAAUUACAUCUGUAGCAACUCCAUUAAAUAUUCGAUCAGAUGACAUAAUUAAUAAACAAACAUCAACAUUACACAGUUACAAUCGACAUUUAUAUACAAAACAAUAUCCUGUUUAUAUGAGUCAACAAACAUUUUUUCGAAUGCUUUUUACACCAGAUGGACAACAAUGGUCAAAAUUCGAAUCAUUUCUUGCAUCAUCAGUUCUUGUUAAACAGUUUAAUCGAGCUGUUUCUGAAUCAUAUGAUGCAAAUAAUCCAACAGUUCGUUCUUUAACAAACGAACAAGAUACAUAUAGAAUAGAACAUUUAUCAUUACAAAUUGCAUUUAUAUUUGAUAUUAAUACAGCAACAUAUAGAAUUCAUUUUACAUCAUUAAUUGAUUCAUCAUCUCAACAACAACAACAACAACAAUCGAAUUUUGGUUGGUUACCAGAUGAACUUCAAACAAUGGAAAUAUUUUUUAAUGAAAAUUUUUUUCCUUUCUCAAUAUUAUCAAAUUCUCAAAAUCAAAUAAUUAUGCCAACAAUGGAUAUAUUAUCACUAGCAGCAACACAAAAUCGAACUACAGCUAUGGGAGCAUUUGAAAGAAUGCUUUCACAUAUUCAUCCACGUGUAUUACGUGAUCUUGUAAAAAUUAUUCGACUUGAACAGAAUCCUGAAAAUCAUCAUUUAUGGCGCGCACGUUGGUGUUUAACAAUACCACAAGGAAAUUGUUUUACACAAGUUGGUUAUCCAGCAAUCCAUUGUCAACCUGGUCAACCAUCUAUUUUCCUUUUUCAAUUUAUUCCUCGAUUAAAUCGAAAUGAAUUUCAAAUGUCUGGUAAUAUAAAUACAUCAUCAUUUAUUGUUCCAUUAACACAUGAUACAACAGCAAAUCAAACAACAUUAUGGGAUAAAAUUCAUAAACAACCAUUAAUGGGUAAUGAACAUAAAUAUCACAAUGUUAUGAAAAUUCUUAAUAAUUCACGUGAAACAACACAGAAAUAUGAAUGUUCAUUAUAUCCGUCGAUUGUUGAAUUAAUAUGUUAUUUACAAAUUUCACCAAUAUCGAAUUACCAAUCUUGA